AUGCUACUCUUGACGUUAUUCGCUGUAUUUAUCGGGUUAUCCUCGUCGCGAAUAAUCCCUGACCAAAUUAUUCCCGCCCUAUCGAUUAAAGCGGAAGCAGCUUUACCAACGAAAAAUGGGCCCUUAGACCCUGGCAACGCGAUUAUCGGUGGUACGACGGCCUAUAUCGGGCAAUUCCCGUCGCAAGUCAUGUUUCGAGUGAGCAUCACCUCUCAAACCGAGCAAAUCUGCGGCGGGACUAUCAUUGGGGAUCGCUGGGUGCUCACUGCUGCUCAUUGCCCCAUCGUUUCCGGCACGCAAAUGAUCUACGGGACGACGGUUCCGGACGACACCGCAGAUUAUGCGCAAUUCGGGGAGGUCGAAUCAUUCAUCCCUCAUCCAUCAUUCGGACAACACGGCUUCGAGGAAGACCACGAUAUCGCAAUUGUUGAGCUGGAAGAACCGAUGAACUUCACGAAGUACAGAUCAUACGUUGGUAUCGCCCAGCUACCAAUCUCCAACCAAAAAUUCGACGAAGAGACGGGUGUCGUGUUGGGAUGGGGAGCAUAUAAAGACGGUGACCACGUGGUGGACCAAGUGAGUCGUUCGCUCCAAUACGCCCAGGUGCCAUUGAUAUCUUCCGGGGAAUGCGAAGCCAGAUGGGAAAAACUGCCGGCCGACUAUUCGAGCGGCUUCCAGGUGUCGGGCAGCCAGCUAUGCGCCGGAGCUAACUGGAAGGGAACCGGAAAGGGGGGACAGCGGCGGCCCGUUGCUGAUCAAGCACAAUGGCACAUGGGUUUUGGCAGGCAUCACCUCGUUUGGGGCGAACGCAGAACCCUAUUAUCACGACCAAGGAAUGGCGCCAGGUAUCUACACCCGAGUCGCCUCCUACUG